GGGGGGCUAGCCUCAUGACUUCCCACUGGGCGAGGGGUGCACCUAACCCACCUACUCACUCAUCAAUUACGGUGUUCAGCUGACUUGCACAGAAAGACCCCUAUUGUUUAGUAAUUUGGCGCCCCAUCUUUUGAUUGACUGUUGUCAACUAAUCUUUUCAAUGUUCAAUUCUACUCUAUGUUAGAACAUUUAUGUGAAUGCUAUUUCGAUCUAAGUGUUCCUAUUCUCUGUCCCGUGCUAGGAAGCAUUACUCCUCUUUUCAUUCCAAAUUCUUCAAUAAGACCGAUACGAUUGAUUGGUCUGUGCGUUUCUCUUAUUACUUUUUUGUAUCCCCCUGUUCCUCGGAUACAAUUCGAUCCUUCUACGGCCAAAUCUCAAUUUGUGGAAAGCCUUCGAUGGCUUCCUUAUGAAAACAUCCAUUUGUAUAUGGGUAUAGACGGUCUUUCAUUAUUCUUCAUGAUAUUGACCACAUUUCUGAUCCCUAUUUGCAUUUCAGUGGGUUGGUAUGGUAUGAGAAGUUUUGGGAAAGAGUAUAUUACAGCAUUUCUAAUUCGUGAAUUUCUAAUGAUCGCCGUGUCCUGCAUGCUGGAUCCUCUACUAUUCUAUGUUCUUUCCGAAAGCGUGCCAAUCCCUAUGUUGUGCGGAGCUGAGCAUCUUCUAUUCGCUGGGAUCAAGCUUUUCCUCUGCAGGGGCCUUCUGCAGUAAACCCCCUACGGGCGGUCCCCCGUUGUCGUAAAGUAGUAAAGGUCCCCGCGAAGCUUUCGGGAAGAGGGGUAGUCUUGUGCGUAAGCAUAGCAUUUCUGGUCGAACCACCGAACCACACAUCUUUUUUUGGUGGGAGGGUACUCCGAGUAGUGGGUACCUCGUAGGACCUCGACCCGCCUACUCAGGUCUUGGAUGGAUAUGCAGGAAGGGGUGCUCCUAGGUGUGUGUAGGGGGUGUGUUUGUUCGCGAGAAUGAAUUCCUCGUCAAGUCAGGGGGGUGUGGACACACUUGCGCGAAUUCGGGUAACGGCUACAAGGGAUAAAAAUAAAGGAAACUGUACCCGACCAGGGAUGGACGUAAACUCGUAAGCUACCGAGGGUAGGGAUAAUCGUCCAGGUCUUAUU